CAAACUUGUUUCAGGAAAAAGCGGCUGAACAUAUUUUUUCUCUCCUCUCGCUGGCUAGAAGAAACAGGACAGCCGUCCGUGCCAAGGAGAAGGCGUAGACUUCCUCCAAACAUUUCCUCCGCCAUCUCCGCUUUCGCGACUCUUAAAGUUUUGUGGAAUCUUUGGAGACGAGAGGAGUUUUUCUUUUUCCUUUUCACCACCACCUGGUCGUUGCUUUCCGCCUCCUUUUUUUGUCACAAAACAACAGCGAGGAAUCUGAACUCCUGUUAAUAUGGACUGGGGAACUGAUCUUUGGGACCAGUAUGAUGUCAUCGACAAGCAUACGCAAUCGGGCCUCGACCUGGUGGAACGUUACAUAAAGUUUGUGAAGGAACGGACAGAGAUUGAACAAGGCUACGCCAAGCAACUCAGGAGUCUGACGAAGAAAUAUGCUAAACGAGGGAGCAAAGAAGAGCUAGAUUGCAAAUUCAGCAAUCACGAAUCAUUACAGGAGAUCCUGAACGAGCUGAACGAUUACGCCGGCCAACGGGAGCUCAUCGCUGAAAACAUGAUGACCGGCAUCUGUGUCGAACUCACAAAGUACCUUCAGGACCUCAAACAAGAACGCAAAACACACCUGACAGAUGCCAAGAAAGCCCAGCAGAAUUUAGAGAGCAGCUUCAAACACCUAGAAAGUACCAAAAAGCGGUUUGCCAAGGAGUGGGCGGAGGCGGAAAAAGCCACACAACAAGCAGAGAAAACAGAAAACGACCUCAAUGCCACCAGGCUGGAUGUUGAGAAAGCCAAGCAGCAUGCCCAUGCCCGCACACACACGGCAGAGGAGUGCAGGAACGACUAUGCAGCACAGCUCCAGAAAUACAACAAGGAACAGAACACCUUCUACUACACAGAGAUACCGCAGAUCUUCAAUAAAAUGCAGGACAUGGAUGAGCGGAGGAUCCGGCGGAUGGCGGAGGGCUACUGCCAGUUUUCAGACAUCGAGAAGAAGGUGCUGCCCAUUAUCUCCAAAUGUCUAGAGGGAAUCUCUUCAGCAGGCGCGAAAAUUGAUGAGAAACAGGACUCGAUACUGUUCAUAGAGCAGCACAAGUCUGGUUUCGAGCGACCUGCAGAUGUGGAUUUUGAAGACUAUACCCAGGGAAUCAAAGCAGCAACCUCCGACUCCAGCCUCAACCCACCCAAAGUGCGCGCCAAGCUGUGGCCUUUCGGAAAAAAGCACAAGGCGCCUGCUGCAGAAGAUUUCUCUCACCUUCCUCCGGAGCAGAGGAAGAAGAGGCUGCAAGGGAAGAUUGAUGAUAUCUCUAAAGAUCUGCAGAAGGCACAGGACCAGAGUGAAGCUCUGGAGAAGAUGAAGGGUGUGUAUGAGCAGAAUCCACAGAUGGGAGACCCCUCUAGCCUGGAGCCUCAGAUCACAGAGACUGCCCAAACCAUUGGGCGUCUGAGGGGAGAGCUCACCAAAUAUGAGACGUGGCUGUCAGAAGCAGUGGGAGGAGAAGAAUCUUCCAACACUAUCAACAAUAAUACUCCACACAGUGUUGUAACAGCCGACCAGACUCACAACAUCUACACAGAGUUUGAUGACGAGUUUGACGAUGUAGAAACUCCUCUUGGCCAGUGCACGGCUCUGUACACCUUUGAAGGCAACAGCGAGGGCACCAUUUCCAUUACGGAGGGAGAGCAGUUGAGUAUAAUGGAGGAUGAUAAAGGAGAUGGAUGGAUGAGAGUCCUUAGAGCCAGUGGAGAAGAGGGCUAUAUACCUUCAGCCUAUGUCAAAGUCACUCCGUAACACUCUCUCUUUCUCACACACACACACACACACAUCCUCAGAGUUUGUGAUGGAAAAGCAAAUUACGAGCCGAAGGUGAAUACAAAGUCAUCCCAGAUAAUUGGAGCUGUUCUAUACUUUUAUCUCAGCCAGUGACGUGUAUGGCGAGAUUAAAGUGAGUGAUUAUAAAGCUUGUUAUCAAGGCUCAUUGCAAUAUCAUACACUCCCUGUCUCUGCUUGUGGCAGGAGAGGCCGUCUUUAAACGGAGACUGUCAGUUCUGCCUCAUCUUUGUAGAUUCCAGUUCUUUAAGAAAACAAACUUUUGAAUGUAUGCCUGAACUUUUUGUCACAAUGUUAAGUGAUGACUCGUAACAUAUUCAGCAUCGUAGUAGCUUAACGCUACAUUCUUUUGCGCAAAUAUAUCCAUUCACUUGACUUUUUCCCCACUGCCAUUUCUAACAACCUGCUGAACUUUUUCUUUUUGUUAACACCAUCCCUCUGCUCAAGCCCCUUUUCCUGAUGAGAUAAUGUGACUUUAUUUUUUAUUUUUAUCAUAGUUAUUUGAUGUUUUAUGACUUAUAACUGGAUGAAAACCACUACUCAAGGGAGUGCACAAGUUAUAAUAUCCCUCGAUGGACAGUCAUGUGAAAAGAUAGGUUCACAGUUUUUCAAGUCUGUCUUAAAACAACAAUCAGGUGCUCAGAUGAACACUGAAACUGUUUUUUCUUGCUGUAUUAAUUCCUCCGGUUCAUCCUUCCAUUUUCAGUGUAAGUGAUGGGGCACAAAAUCCAUAGCCUUCCCUCUGUGCAAAUAUGUGAUUAAAAGAUUAUUUGAAGCUAAUAUGGCUUCAGGCUUUGGCUGUCCAAAUUAGUCAAAAUCAUUUAAUGCCCAAUUCCCUCUUUCUUGAUACUAUCCGUCCACUCCGGCUUAACAGGAAAACCGUCAAAACACACAAAAAGACUGUAAAUGUAGAAACUUUCGCUAUCUUUAGAUACAUUUUAAAUACUUUUUUGCUCAAAAAGAGGGCUGUGGGUUUUGUCCUCCAUCACUUAUUAAAAUACUUUUUUAAAAUAUAGAAACAUUUGGAGAGGAUCCUCUAAUGGUCAGUAUGAACAAAAGGAAUAAUUAUAAUCAGAAAACCCUGCUUCACUCUUCAUUUGGGCACCUGACUAUUGUUUAAAGGAAGACUUGAAUAAUUGUGAACGUAUCUUUUAAGUCCAUGUCAUAUUGUCAUGAUAACUUCUACUUCUGCUACAGCAAAGAAAAGCACAAUGGAAAUACUGAUCAAAGUUCAUAAUAAGGUAAAUACCAAUACAACUGAACAUUUUAUAAUUUGUGGCACAAAUAUUACACAAAUACUUUGGGUGAACAGCCGUUUUUUGAGGUUGGCAGCCUUUUUGCAGCUUCAGACAUCAUUAUAGCAUAGCAUUUCAUUGUAAUGAAAUAUCUAACUCAAAAAUGGAUAACAGGCUAUUCUUAAGUCCUAAUUUUCAGUUUUGAAUUCCAACUUUUAACAAAAGCAUGCACGGUUCAACAGGUCCUUUUGGUUGUUUUUAUCUUUUUCCAAGUUAAGGUUUUUAGAUUGUGGCGUCACCUGUGUUCAUAUUGUGAGACGCCAGAAUCUUAAAUCCUCUGAAAUAAUGGCCAGAAGCCUUUAUCAGUAGUCUGCUUUCAAAUGAAAAGCUGUUCACCAUAAUGUCAAGACAUCCGGACACCAGGAUAUGUGUAUGGGGGGUGUUUUGAUAUUUAGUUCUUUGUUGCAGUGUGUCAAGAAUUAAGAAAAGUAAA